AUGCGACGUGCCACGACGGCCAACGGCUUUACCAUAACACCAACUUCCAGUCGAUUUCGCGACUCCCCGAACAGAGGUGAUGCAGAAUACCUGACCGCCCGAAUUCCCCCCUCGGCCAUGGUAGACUCGGGCAAGGAGGCCCGCUCGCCCGCCGCGAGCAGUGCCAAACCAUCGAUGGCUGCGCACCGCUCACACAAGAGCCUCGUGAGCUCCCCCAACGAGCGGACCGAGAUAUACGAAGACUCGGACGAAUCCGAUGACUCUGACGAAGAUGAGGAAGACGACCAGCCGCCGUCCCAGCAGGCGCUGCCCAGAAGCCACACGCCCGGUCACCUCGCCAGCAAGAGCGUCAACGACCGAAGCGCGGGCGCCGCCGCCAAGCAGGCCGCCGAGCUCGCCGUCCGCCAGAGAUCGCAGUCGGCGUCCCAGGUGCCCCCGCGGCCCUCGACCGCUGGUGGCAGUAGCAAAAAGAGCUAUCCCAAGCAGCCACCGCCACCGCCGCCGCCAGCCUCCGCCGAGAAGGACUCCCCGGGCGACCACGAGAGAGACUUGAAACGAGGCUAUGGGCGCACAACGUCGGUGUUGACGUCCAAAUCAAACGCCGCCGCGGCUUCGUCGUCGUCGAGGAGCACGUCGGCUACGCUGUCGCAGGUUCCCAAGGGUGAGCAUGUGGCGUUCCCGCCGCUGCAGGACCCCAAGGACGCGCCAGACAUUGCGCCGGCGCCGGCGUCGGGCAUGUACUGGUCCAAGGCGCCCACGUCUGGCGCGGCACACUCGAACCUGCGCGCGCACACGACGACGCUCAUUGGCUCCAACAUAUACAUCUUCGGCGGCUGCGACGCGCGGACGUGCUUCAACACCAUGUACGUGCUCGACGCCGACGCCUUCUACUGGUCGGUGCCGCACGUCGUCGGCGAGAUCCCCAUGCCGCUGCGCGCCAUGACCUGCACGGCGGUGGGCAAGAAGCUCGUCGUCUUUGGCGGCGGCGACGGCCCGACCUACUACAACGACGUCUACGUGCUCGACACGGUCAACUUUCGCUGGACCAAGCCAAAGAUUGUCGGCGAGCGCGUGCCGUCGAAGCGGCGCGCGCACACGGCCUGCCUCUACAAGAAUGGCAUCUACGUCUUUGGCGGCGGCGACGGCGUCCGCGCCCUCAACGACAUAUGGCGGCUCGACGUCGGCGACAUGACCAAGAUGUCGUGGAAGCUCAUCUCGGGGCCGGAAAAGACACCGCAGUCCGGUGCUAAGGACCCCGCGCGCCGGCCCAAGGCGCGCGGCUACCACACGGCCAACAUGGUGGGCAGCAAGCUCAUCAUCUACGGCGGGUCCGACGGCGGCGAGUGCUUCGACGACGUGUGGGUGUACGACGUCGAGACGCAUGCGUGGAAGGCCGUGCCCAUUCCCGUCACCUACCGACGGCUCUCGCACACGGCCACCAUUGUCGGCUCUUACCUCUUUGUCAUCGGCGGCCACGACGGCGGCGAGUACUGCAACGACGUGCUGCUGCUCAACCUCGUCACCAUGACCUGGGACAAGCGCCGCGUCUACGGCCAGAGCCCGACCGGCCGCGGCUACCACGGCACCGUCCUGCACGACAGCCGCCUCAUGGCCGUCGGCGGCUUUGACGGGAGCGACGUGUUUGGCGACGUUCACAUCCUGGAGCUGGCGGUGCAUGCGUACUAUUCGCAGAUUAGUCACUUUACGAUUGAGGUGUAA